UCCAACACUGUUGUACGAAAUUUGCAUGGGGCCAUCAGAGUAGAUGGGGACGACGUCAGAGGUAGGUGUUUCCAACGUUACUUGACGACCGCCAUUUCAAAACUUCCCGAUUGGACUUUGGUCUUUUAUGAGCCGUCAAUCAUUUUUGGCUUACGCCAAAAGAGUCUUUGAACACGUACGUUCACUCAUUCCAAUCGAAGUUUUGGAAUAACUAUCGCGCUACUAAAAAUAUAUAUCGCAGUAAAAAUGGAUUCUUUUGCAAUAAAUACAGAAGAACGUUACGCAGAGAGCUUUAAAAUCUUUCGACAAAUAUCAGAAGAAAUUCCUCAGCUCGUUAACAUGCUAAACGUAUGUCUUGGAGACAUUUUAUCGAAGCUAAACUUCUCACCGCAGGACAGCUAUCAGCUCAACGUACUGAGUGUUGGUGGUGGAUCUGGAGAAGUAGAUAUUGAAAUCUUAAAGCUUUUGAACAAGAAAAUGGUACAGGAAUCGAAAGGUUGUCAAAUAAAGAUAGACAACUGGGUUGUUGAGCCAAAUAAGUAUUUCCUGGACAUCUAUGAAGCUGCAAUCGAACAGUUACCAMCAUCUUGGCUUAAAGAAGAAGAGGGAGCAGAACCAGAACAACGCCCGAAGAAUGAAGGAUCUGGAGAAGUACUUUUCAAGCUGUUGAAUAUCACUUUUGAUCAAUUCAUGGAGACAAAUGUUGACAAGAAGUUCCAUAUAAUUCACUUUGUACAUAGUCCUUACUAUAUUGACAUGGAACAAGCUCUCGUUCAUUGUAUGGGAAAGAUUCUUCAUCAAAAUGGCUGCGUCAUUUGUGUUGUCGAAGAAGAUGGUAUUGUAGAAACGGUUGUUAAUAAGUUAAACAAAGUUGGCCAAAGUGACAACGCCACCAAGUGCAAGGAAAAGAACAUCGCCGAAAGAAUCAAGAAGAUAGCUGAGAACCACCAUUGGAAAUUUGAGAAUCAUAUUGACAAGUACAAGUUUGAUAUUUCCGACGUUUUCGAUGAACAAUCAAAAACUGGGAACCUUCUGCUCGACUUUUUCACUCAUGUGGUCGAUUUUCGCUUGACCAAUGAUCAAGUUACUGUCCAAGAAACUUUGGAUCACAUUAGAAGUUUGGCGUUGGUCGAASAUGGAAAGCAUUUUGGAUCCGCGGUUGAACGCAUCAUGUUCAUUUACAACCAUGAUAACUAGACAAAAUAACUAGAACUCGUCUAGGAGCCUAUUUAAAGAAGAAUUUGUAAGGGGAAAAUAAAAGGCUUUUAAGCUAUUGAAUUUUAAGAAUUUAUAAGGGAACCCCCCUUGAAGGUUUGAUCUUUUAGGUA